GAGUGAAGCCGCUCAACCACAGGCUGGACGUAAACAACGGACAGGAGAUCAGGACCUUGGAGAGCGCACAGACGAACCAGCCAACCGCCGGAAACUUCACCCAAAGCAUGUGUAAAGCCAUGUCACAGCGCUCCGGCCCCCAGCUGCUCCUCCUCAUAGCCCUGUGCAGUGUGCUGUACUCCCGGACUCUGGGUCUGCCGUACACAUCUAUGAGACCAACGCGACACGCAGACGGUCUGUUCACCAGUGGAUACAGCAAACUCCUGGGGCAGCUUUCAGCGAGGAGGUACCUGGAGUCCCUGAUCGGAAAGCGGGUCAGUGAUGAGCUGAUGGAGGAGCCGGUGAAGCGCCACUCAGACGCCAUCUUCACAGACAACUACAGCCGCUUCCGCAAACAGAUGGCCGUCAAGAAAUACCUGAACUCAGUGCUAACAGGAAAGAGAAGCCUAGAAGAUCCUGGAGCCAGCGACCCAGAGGAGCCCAGGGACGACCCGAGCGCUUUCCAGGAGAGCUACGACGACAUUAACGUAGAUCACCUUCUAAACAACUUCCAGUUGCCUCUUUGAGGAGAAGCCUGUGUUGGAGAAAGUUCCUCGCCUCCGUCAUCAAACUGUCCAUUUAAAAACAACAACAACAACAACAACACUGCAUUAUCCAAAGGACAAAGUCACUUGAAGCACUAGUAACGAUGGUAACGAUGAUGAUGAUGUAUAUUCUGUUCUUCUCUGUUGUGUUUUAGAUACAUAUAUUCACAGUACUAAUCUGAAGUGAACAGUUCCACCCAAAGACUUAAAUACCGUGUGUGUCCACGUCGGUCGGUCACAGUUUGGAGCUGACGUCAGGCUGCAGCGGCGGUCUGAAGUGAAGAGUCAACUCCGUGUUUCAUUCUCUCUAAAGUUCACUGUUAAUUUCUCUAACGUUUGGAGCUGUCAAACAUUUCACCGAACAACACGUGCUCUCACCGUUGAGUUCAAUGAAUGUUGAUGUCGUGUUAUUUUUUAUUUUUUCACUAUUUGAGUCCAACGAUGUGUUCGAGGACGCUGACAUUUCUUUGACAUGAUGCACUAUAGAUUUCUUUUAAAUAAAUAAUCAAAUAACUGAAAUGAAUUCAUGUUCCAGUUAAUACAAGGUUUAAAUACGGAGAAAAGGAUCAAGUCUUUGUUGACGUCUGGUUUGAUGACUUUGUAAAAAAAAAAAUUAAAUAAAUAAAUAAAGUGUAGCA